UUUUCAAAUCAAAACAUGGCUGCCCUCUUUGUGUUAUGUUUGGCGUUGUUCCGUGUGUACUUCGUGUCCAGCGCUUUUUUAGAAGAAUAUUAUGCAAUCAAUAUGGCCGCAAAGCAAGCACUGGAGAAGAUCCGACUGUUCAAACAGAAAGCGUUUCUUCAUGGAAAAUGGUCUUUGGGAAUAAAAGAAAAAACCUUUCCUGUCUAUAGCCCAUCUUCUGGUGAGAUUAUUGCUAAUGUGUCUGAUUUGGAUGAAGAUGAUGUUAAUGGUGCAAUCAAAAGCGCUCAUAUUGCAUUUCAAACGUACAAGAAGUCAUCAUGUAAAUACAGAAGUGAGAUCUUGCGAAAGCUUGGUCAAAGCAUGCAGGAGAACGAGCAUGAUUUGGCCACCAUUAUGACAUUAGAAUGUGGAAAACCAAUCAGCGAGUCCGUGGGUGAAGUUAAAUAUGCGGCUUCGUUCUUGGAGUGGUAUUCGGAAGAAGCCAAACGCAUCAACGGAGACAUAUUGCCAAAUGCUGAAGCUAACACACGUAAGAUGAUUCUGAAACAGCCAGUUGGUGUUUGCGGUAUGAUAACUCCAUGGAACUUCCCCUUGGCCAUGAUAACCAGAAAAGUAGGCGCUGCCAUGGCUGCAGGUUGCACGUCAGUAAUUAAGCCGUCCGAAGAGACGCCGUUGUCGGCAUUAGCUUUCUGUCAACUUGUGGAGGAUUUGGAUGUACCCCCCGGUGUUGUGAAUGUAAUCACUUGUUCGCGAGAAAAUACAGUGAUGGCUGGUACAGCCUUGUGUACUAGCCCUUUGAUUAAAAAAAUAACUUUUACUGGUUCUACAAAAGUUGGCAAAUGGUUGCUGGAAAAGUCGGCACCUACCGUCAAAAAGGUUUCAAUGGAACUUGGAGGAAAUGCUCCAUUUAUCGUGUUCAAUUCUGCUGAUGCUAAAUUGGCAGCAUCCAAAGCCGUUGUGUCGCGUUUUCGCAAUUCGGGACAAACGUGUAUUUGCGCGGAGCGAAUAUUUGUUCAGGAGGGAAUUUACGAUGAAUUUAUGUCCGAGUUCACAAAAGCUGUCUCUAAGUUAAAGAUUGGCGAUCCGUUAGAGAAAGACACUACGCUUAGUACGUUAAUAAAUCAAGGUGCACUUGAGAAAGUUCUACAUCAUAUCAAAGAUGCUGAACAACACGGUGGUAAAAUUGUUCUUGGUGGUAAAUUAUCUGAUCGAGGAGGCCUGUUUUUUGAACCGACAAUAAUUGGAGAUUGCAAUGACGAAAUGCAGUGUGUAAAAGAAGAAACAUUUGGUCCUGUUGCCCCUGUGAUUAAAUUCAAAACAGAGCAGGAAAUAUUAGCUCUUGCAAAUACGGAAAACUCUGGUUUGGCUGGUUACUUUUUCUCAACUGAUUAUCAACAGAUUUGGAGAGUUGCAGAAGAAUUGGAAGUAGGGAUGGUUGGUGUAAACGAAGUUGCAAUUUCAAACGAAAUGAUCCCAUUUGGAGGUAUAAAAGAAUCAGGACUUGGAAGGGAAGGCUCCAUAUAUGGAAUCAGCGAUUAUUUGGAGCUGAAGUACGUCUGUCUUGGUGGGUUGUAGUAGUAAUUUAAUUAUUGACUUUUAAAACUUUAGAACUGUCCAUUGCAGCUUUUAAAGAAUUUUGAACAUCUUUUCUGAUACUCUUUAUUUUUUUAAGAUCUUCAGUGUCAUCAGUAUAAACGCUUUUCUAUAUCUUAAAGAUAUUUGAUUUAUUUAGCGAAUCCCAAUUUAGAAAUUGAUACAUAAGAGAGAGGUACACUUUUUAGUGUAACCGAGUUGAUAGUACUGGCUGAAAUUUAGGUCAAAACCUGAGUAACUGCUGAGCAACUCGUCAAGCUGAAAGUUUAACAACCUACUUAUAAAAAGGGAAAUUAUUAAAAAUAUGUUUAUUAUUAGUGUCAAGCUAAAAUUAGUCACACUUAUAUUUAGUGAAAAUCCUUCCCUAAGCAACUGAAAUGAAAUAUGAAAUAUUCUUGCAUACCUGGCAAAACUUAUUAAAAUGAAUGAUUUUUUGGAGCGAUGUUAUUUCUUUUACCUUGUAUAGAUUCCAAUUAGAAGAAAAAAUUAUUAAUUA